UAUUGCUCCCAAGAUGUUUCGAUGUACGUGGUGCGAUACCCUCCUCUAUCCUCCAUCUUCAUCCUUAUCAUGUCCUGUCAUUCCUUUUACCAGUUCGAUGCUUUCCAACUCUCAGAGCUUUUCCUUCUUCUCUUUCUCUUCGUCCUUCUUAUCGUCGAUAUCGCCGUACACGUUGCGACGAGGUGGCGUUUGAAUACCUUUUCUGCAACCCAGGGAGAAUCAAAGAAUGUGCCCAACCUGCCAAUACCUGUUUCCGACGCACGCAUAUCGCAACAGCGACAACCCGAUGUUUCCGUGUCGGAUUCGAAGCACGACGAUAAUACCGUCGUCCGAACUUCUCGGAAUCCCCCACCCGUCCACCAAGAUAAUACGCAUCUACCUUCAUCGCUAGACCUGCAAAAGAAGUUGUCUCAAAGCACUUUUUCCCAUUUCACCGAACGGCUCCUUUUUACGAACAAGCUAUGGGCGCAGAAUACAAUCAUCCUCCAGCUCCGCGAUGCUUUACUCUCUGUCGAGGACGGUAUACGGGACAAUGCCUUCAAUGCCUUCCUCGAUCGCCUGGUGCUUUCCAACACCAUCUGGCGACAGCGGAAGGAGCUCGAUUGCUUGAAGCAAGAGCGCGACAAGAUCAAGGGUUCUCGAGUCAAAUCUGUUGUUUCCCUAGCCAAAUCGCUCGCGUCCCACCAUCGCAAGGAGGCUCUCACCAAGCGACUGGUGGUUGACCUUGUCGAUGAAGUCAAUGCGAGCAAACGGGAGACGGAGAUAUUACGGGAAGAACAUGAGAGGGAGGUGCAGAAGAUCAACGAACUGUGGGUGAAGGAUUAUAGAGGGAUCGUGGAUGAAGUUGAAAAAUCCCGGCUUGCUGAGAGCGCGAGGGUUAUUCAACAGGAGAUUUCUAAUGACCUCGAGCGGGAGUUGCGGGACGAGCUCGAUAAUAGUAGGAAGGAGGUGGAAGCACUGAGAGGCCAGGUUGCCGAGUACGAACGCCUAAUUGAAGGGCUUUGGUCGGAUCUUCAUAGGCAGGAGAAGCCGCCCGCUUGACAAGACCUGGAACAAUAACUUCGUCCUUUGGCGAUGCAGGGUAUGGUAGCGACGGCGGUACUGGUACUAACGAUGUUUGGUUGAAAAUGAAGGGCGUGCGAGAGUCAAGAGCAAGUAGAUAUUUAUAUGGAGUAAUUUAUUCGCAUUGUAUGUACUACUAGGUAGAGCGGUCUAUUAUGUACUUACGUGUAAACAUUAUGAUAAUCAUACAGGGUCCCUUUUUUUAUUUUA